AUGUCUUUGUCACCAGAGCCCAAGGCCUUCGACUCCAAGGCUAAGGAGGCAGAGUAUCAAGCCCUUUGGCAAGUCUGCGACCGUGCCACUCGAAAGGGGGACUACAUCUACGCCAGCAAUGAGAACAAGCGAAUCAUUUUGCACAACACCCUGCUGACUCUGUGGAGGCGUACCCAGGGCAAAGCCAUGUGCGGGACAAGCGUCGCUGCCAUGGUCGAUCUUCAUCUUCAACGCGAAGCCUCUCGCCUACGCGCAGGCAUUCACAUGCCUCAAGGCCCAUCAUUCGUCGCGAACCCCAACGGAGCUCCUUUCUUCGCCGGGCAUCAGGACGUGAAUGCCGCCCCUCACAUGCCUAUUCCGCAGCAUCACCAUCAGCCUCAUGUCUCGGUUGGCCCCCCUGGACUCGACCAUGUCAUCCGUGAUAUGCAAGCCCAAUUGAACAGUCAGGUCAACUUCAUUCAAGAACUGGCCGACACCUUGCACGACUUCCACAGACGAUUCGCCAGGCUGGAAAGCCGUGAAGCUGCAACGUCUGCUCAACCUGCUCAACCUUUGGUACUUUCUCAACCUCUGCACUCUACAGUUGAAUGCCUCGAUGGAGGGCCCUUUGCCUUUCCCCUGGCACGACCUAUGACGCCCGAGAGCAAGAUUGUGGUCGGAGACGGAAAUGACCACCAGGAAGGAGGCGUACAUCUGGGUGAAGCCUAA